GUAGGUUUCACUUUUACUGUAAUAUUCGAUCCGCGUGUUGUAGAUAGAAAAUUGUUUUAUAUUUUGCUUUAGCAUUAUGGCUGAAACAAGAUUGUUACAUCCAUUAGUUGUGUGGGCACAACGCAAAGAUAUAGUUUUCCUCACCAUUCGACUUGAAGAUACCAGAAAUCAAGAAAUUCAGCUAGAUGAAGAGAAGAUGUACUUUAGGUCCAAGGGUGGGCAUGAUCAGCAACUAUAUGGAUUUGAAUUUAAAUUUUUUGGUAGCAUUAUUCCAGAGAAUUCAAAGCAACAUAUAACAAAUAGAGAACUAACAUUUGUCUUAAAAAAGAAAGAUGCAGACAAACCAUACUGGCCAAGGCUACUAGAAACAAAAGACAAGAUAACUUACAUAAAAACUGAUUUUGACAAAUGGAAGGAUGAAGAUGACUCUGAUGACGAUGAAAAUACCAAUGACAAUUUCGAAGAUAUGAUGCGGCAAAUGGGUGAUAUUGGAAUGGGGGGAGGUGGUGCUGUAGCUGAUGAUGGGAACGAACCAGACUCAGAUGACAGCGAUGAUGAAGGUAUGCCGGAUUUGGAAUGAAAACCGCUGGCCCGUUUCGUGGUGCAUAGACCUCCCUGGAAGACGCUUUUUUUCUGGGUCAUUCAAUUCCAAAUUAAUUUUAUAAAGAAACUUUGUUCAGAAUAGAAACACUAGUUUAUUGUAGUUUGUCCUUAUAAUUGUAGUGGUAUAUUUCAUUAGUACUCAAAACUGAAGCAUCACUUUUGGCGUUUUUAAGCGAGACAAUUUUUAACGAUAUUUAAUUUGCUGUACAAGUGAAAAUGCUUGCAAAAAUUGUCUCGUUUUCAUAAUGAUUUAAUCAUCUACAGUACGCCAUAAAAUUUUGCCUACAUGUUUGCCCCUUAGUCUUCACCCUUUUAAAGCAGCGUAGCUGGUCUUCCAAUUUUCUUGAAAGCAAGUUUAAAUUUUGAACUCCCGCUACAGUGAAUGCGUGUAAUAUCACACACCAUAUACUCGAUAAAACCACAAUGUCACCUAUACUUUUUGGUGUAACUGAUUAUGUAAUUUAAUAAAGCAUUUUGCAUUGGA